AUGUUCACUAAAGUUUUGCCAAUCUUAACUGAACUUGGCAAGACAUUUCAAUCAAGUGAUCUUAACUUUGGACGAGUUAAACCUAUCCUUGACUACACUCAGACUCAGCUGACAUCAUUGAAGGGUUCACAUCAGUUCUUAGAUGAUCUAGAGCAGGAUUUGAAUGAAGACUUGGCCAUGUGGGCAUGACCCUCAGUGACCAGAAUUAGAGAGUUAUUUUGACCUUGGAUGAGAAAUACAUCACUGCAUUGAAGCAAAACGUAGAACAACGAUUUGAUGACUGCCUGAACAUUCUUUCAUGUUUUCAUGUCUUCAAUCCCGAGACAGUG